GCGGCCAUGCGGCGGCGGUGAAGCCCGGCGGAGAGAGCCGCAGAGCCGAGGCGCAGCGCGGACACGGCGCCGCUCACACUGACGCUCACACCGCUCACUCCGGGCGUGUGGCUCGGGACGGGAGGAGGCUGUAGUCCGCGGAAGAGCCCGCUGAAGCCGCAGCCUGCUCCGGCUGGAUGAAGCGGAGGCUUGCGCUGCUCCUGCUGCCCUGUGCCGUCGCCGUGCUGGUGCACUUGUGGUCGGCAAGACGACCCUCCGCCGCCCCGCCGGACCACUCCGCUCACCCGGAUGAACCGUUGCCUUCCUAUGAAAUUCUGGUGGGAGUGCUGUCCGCAAGACACCAUUAUGAACUGCGGCAAGCGAUAAGGGAGACAUGGCUGGGGUACAUCAGGGAGCACCCCCACUUCCAGCACAGAGUGGGGGUGAAGUUUAUCGUGGGGGAGCGUGGUUGUCCCGUUCCCGAGGAGGACAGAGAGGAUCCCUACUCCUGCUCUCUUCUGAAUUUCACCGAGCGAGGGACGGGGCGGGAUGCUGAGAUGGAGGUUGUAACGCUGUCGGACCCCUCGGUGCUCGUCCCCUCCGACGUGUCCGCCAUCGCCAUGGACUUCAAGGUCCUGCACCCGGUGGUCAUAACCCGGCUGGGGAUGUUUCCCAGUGGGACCCGGCUGGAAGUUCAGGGCAACGUGACGGUGAAGCUUCUCCAGCUGGACCAGGAGGAGGCUGUGGUUACUGCUCGCUUCAGCGCCAUCAGCAUGGGGACCAUGCAGAACUGGGUCUGGUACAAGCCGGUGGAGCAGUUCAUCCUGCCUAAGGGUUUUGAGGGGACCCUGGUCUGGGAGAGUCCGGACGCUGCAGCCCUGACCACCGUGGACUCGUCCUCGGUGAAGCUCAACGAUGGAGGGGGCGUCCUGAAGAUCUCCUCCAUUGCGGAGGGCGUCCUGCCCCACAGAAGCGCUCCCGGGUUCCCCGGUUUGGCGGGCGGUUUUACAUUCACCAUCUACGAUGGAGACGGCCUGUCGGGCUUCCUGCAGGGCCGCCCGGCCAGGAUGGAGCGCCACGCCUCCAGGCUGAGGCAGGAAGACGCCACCUUGCAGGAGGAGAGCUCCAGGAACGGCGACAUGGUGUUCGUGGACGUGGUGGACACCUACAGGAACGUGCCUUCCAAGCUGCUUCAGUUCUAUAAAUGGUCUGUGGGAAACACCGGAUUUAAUCUGCUGCUGAAGACGGACGAUGACUGUUACAUCGACGUCGAUGCCAUAUUAAUGAAGAUUGACCAUAAGGGUCUCAAGCGCAGGAACUUCUGGUGGGGGAAUUUCAGGCAGAGCUGGGCGGUGGAUCGGAUUGGGAAGUGGCAGGAGCUGGAGUACGCCAGCCCGGCCUACCCGGCGUUCGCCUGCGGCUCGGGAUACGUGGUCUCCCGUGACCUGGUCCAGUGGCUGGCCAGCAACGCAGACAACCUGAAGGCCUACCAGGGAGAGGACGUGAGCAUGGGGAUAUGGAUGGCCGCUGUCGGACCACAGAAAUAUCAGGACCCCGGCUGGCUGUGUGAGCAGGAGUGCUACCUGGACAUGCUGUCGUCCCCCCAGCACACGGCCGAGGAGCUGCGCCUCCUCUGGGACAGGAGGAGGGUCUGUGGAGACCCCUGUGGUUGUCCCUGGGAGCCCUGAACGUGGCUCACCACAUGGCACUGUGGGUACAAUGCACUCUGCACCGUCUUUCAGUUCAGUUUCUGUGAACAUUUCUUAAGGACACCAAACUGAGCCAUCGUUGGUUGUUACGCUAUGAUACACUCUCUUAAAACUGAAUUAGAGACGUUUGCAGCUUUGUAAUAACAAGAAAACAGCAACAUGAAUCACCUGCAGCUUCAGAACUAGUUUUAAAUGUAGAUGUAGCAUCCCGUCAGUGAUCCCCGUCGGCCAUUAAAGGGACAUUUGUCUCCGGUGGAAAAGACAAUGCGGGGAAAGACGGUGGAUUCACGUGUUUUACCGAUGCUGCUGUCAGGGAUGAACAUGCAUCACCUACUCGCAUAUUCUGGGUAUUUGUACUCUUGACAAGGUUUAAAGCAGAUAUUAAAUGGCAUUUUUAAAAAGGAGCCUUCAUCACUGCUAUGUUUUGUAAGUCAUCGUCUUAAGCUUCUCACCUUCUUCAGCGUUUGUAGAUUAACGACGAUCUUUCUCACAAACACACUUUGUACCGUAACUGUUGUGCAAAUUGUGAUGUGGCCUUACUGUAUUUGUUUGGCGUCAUUCUGUAUGUAUAAUUAUCAGCAGAUGAGACAGACGUCUAACACGGUUUUAAUGAAAACCCCCUUCAAAGGUAAUAAAGGAAGCUUAAGA